GGAAGAGAAAGCAGCAGUAAUGAUGAGCAAGUGUCGGAAGUCCCCCAAACAUAGAGAGAAUAAAGGUACAAAAUUACAUGGGUGAAAAGUUCCCGCUGUGGCUGUAUAUGAUGAAAAUUUCGAGUGAAGGAUUCGAUAAGUUGGUGGAGCUUGAAUUGGGGAAUUGUGAAUGCUGUGAAGAACUUCCAAGGCUUGGACAUCUUCCUUGUCUUCAAACGCUCAUAAUAGAACGAAUGCCUAAGAUAAGAUGUAUAGGGAAUGAAUUCUAUGGCAUUGACAGUGGAAGCACAAGCAAUGGAGGGAAACUGUUUCCAGCAUUAAAGAAAUUAUAUUUUGGUGAUAUGGAGAGUUUAGUUGAAUGGAAGGCACCAGCAGUAGAUGAAGGAGGCGAAACAUCUGUAUUUUCUUGCCUUGAAAAAUUGAACAUUGUGCAUUGUCCCUUGUUGGCAAAAAUUCCAUUAAGUGAUAGUUCAUCGCUUGUCACAUUGGAAAUCGUAAGUUGUGAACAAUUGAUUUACUUAUUUGAAGAACUGCAAGUACACUCCUUCCCCUCUCUUAAAAGCAUUACAAUUAGACGGUGUCAUAAAUUAAUUUGUCUUCCAAGUGGACUGAAAUCCUUCACUUCUCUGGAAUCAUUGGUGAUAAGUUACUGCCACGGCCUAACAUCUGUUCCUGAAUAUUUAGGAGAAUUGCAUUCUCUUCGUCUUUUAGAAAUAAGAGACUGUGAAAUGUUGAGUUGCUUUCCAGAGACAAUAUUAGGAGGCCUCACCCGAUUAAGGGAAUUAAGAAUUGGCAAUUUCUCGAAGGAGUUGGAUUCUUUCGCUUAUCUGAAUUCAAUCCAAGACCUCUCAUCCCUUGAAUCCUUAACUAUAUAUGGGGAUUGUAAAGAUAGAAUAAAGUCUCUGCCAGAUCAACUUCAACGCCUCACUGCCCUAAACUCAUUGUCUAUAUGGUAUUUCUAUGGAUUAGAAGCUUUCCCAGAGUGGUUGGGCAACCUUUCGUCCCUUCAAAUUCUUGAAAUUGGGUGUUGUAAGAAUUUGAAGUAUUUUCCUACAGCUACAGCCAUGCAACGCCUCCCCAAAUUAAGGAAUCUGUGGAUUCUAGGUUGUUCCCUUCUUAAGAAUAAUUGCGCCGAAGGAAGUGGCUCUGAGUGGUCAAAGAUUUCUCAUAUCCCAAACAUAUGGAUGGGGGAUUAAUUACCAUUUUUGCUUUUCUUUGGGCGUGGACACUGCACUAGCUUUAUAUGGAAUACUCAGAUGAUAGGAAUGAUGCAGAUACAAAUGGAGAUUUUCAGUAAGAACGAGUUUACGGCACCAAGAAAGAAAAACAGCCAGCUUCAUUAACUUGUUUUCAAUGGAACAGAUAAAUAUUCACAAUUAAAGAAGACAAGCAAGCAUGUCUUCACUUGGGGAAAACGCCUACUUUUGUGAGGGUUCAAUCAUUUGCAAGUUCUUGGUGGACCUCAUGCACUUCAAGAUCUAGUUGACCACAAUAGAUUUGGCGGCUCCAGUUCCACUUUCUCUUAUGGUGAUUUUCAUCACAAGGUAGCUUUGCAAUUUCAGGAAAGCGAAAAUGUUGGAAGGUGGUCCGCUGCAUGAUACUUCAUGAGGUCAUUUAUGUAGCUGGAGGCCUUCAUUGUAAUUCCAUGAUAUAAAACCCUUUUCAACAAUUGCUUUGAAUAUUUUGAAUUUGAAAACCAGUAGUCUCUAAUGAGUAAUGGCCAAAGCAAUAUAAAAAAAUAUAAUAACUCAAUUUAUUGAAGGAGAUUAGGAUUACUUAUGAGGAAAUUUUAAGCUUCUAGCUUGUGUGCAAGAUUAGGAUUAUUAAAGAAUAUAUGUUACUGUUUGUUAAAACUUACUAUUUUGAGCAAUUCUGAUAAUCUUACGAUUUGUUAGAGAAUGUAGGAUGCAAGAUAAUUUCAGAUACACAGCUGCAAUGUUUUCUCUGGAAUUUUCUGCUUUCAUUUGAGACGGUUGGGAAAGACAAAAAUUGUUCAACCGGGUAGAAAGAAUGUCUUUGGUGCUGUCAACAUUAUCCCAAGUAGUAGACAAAGGGAUUAAGCUUGCUAAAUUUUGAGUUCGAGCAAUAAGAAAGAACUGAAAUAGAGAUAAGUUCACAUCACUAACUUGAGUUUUGAGCCUUCAGUUCUCCUGAAAUUGACAACAUUUUUCGGCUAAAACUGACUAGAGGACCAAGUAAUCUCACCUUCUGGAAUCAUUAGAAGAUGCAAUAAGAGCAGACAGAAGUAAUGAUAACUCUCCUCUCUGUUCAAUUCUACUUCCUGCAGUCACUUUGCUCUAACCCAGGCUGUUUUUGUCCAUAUAUUGACGCAAGCAAAUACAGUUGCUGAUUCUUUAGCCAAACAGGGUCAAUCUCGUUUGUCUGAUUUUGUGGCCUUGUUUUAGAAUUGUUUUGGCUUCAGACUUUUUUUUUUGUUCCACUAUGUUUUCAGUUUGGUUGGUUGGCUCCUCUUUAGCUUUGGUCUUAUGAUGUUCUCUGCUUUGGUCUUUUUGGAGUGAGGUGCUUGCCUUUUUAGGUCGGGUUCUUUGGGGAAUGCCUGUUGGCAUGGGUUAGGUGGCAGCUCUCCUCACCUCCUGUAUGUUUCUUUUCUUCAAUAAAAUUUCUCGCUUAUAUAUAUAAAAACUAGUGUCAACUGUUGCUUGUACAA